GCCUAAUAAUGAACGACAUGUGCUACUACAUUUUAUGGGCUGUUGUUGUAUUUGUGAUUUGGCCAUUGCAUCUGAUGAAUUAAGCUCCUACAUAUCUUGGUGUUGGAACUGUUGUGCUAUAAGGUUACUUGCUGUUCCAUUUUGAACUAAGCCAUUGCUUUUUUUUUUUGGGCUAAACAUGAAUCUGCAUUGCUGUUGAUGUUCUAUGUUGUUACUGGUGUGCUUUUGCUGGAAUUUGUAAUACUGUUACUGCAUAUACCAAAGGCGACUUAAUCUAAGGAUGGGUACUUACAACCCCACCACAAGUCCACAACUAACUUAACCUUCCAGCUCUUAUAAUAUACAAAUGCCAAUUAGUACCUAAUUGUAUAUGCGAAGCUUAUUUUUUUUUAGUCGGUCCAAAAAGAACACAGUUGUUAUUGACUCUUGAAAACUAAUGUACUAACAUAUGUUGAGAUGGGGAGGAUUGAACCUUAACAAGUCCUUAUGACUGAAGACUACAGAUUACUAAAACUAUAUUCUACUGGUAAAUAUUCUACAACUCAAAAACUUAUAGAUUUUAGCAUGAAGAUCACAGGAAUUAUCUGCGGAAAAGAAAAUCCCAAGUAACCUUGCCUCCAAACUUUUUAAAAAUAUUGGUGUAGUAGUUGGUGUGUGAAUAUGGAUGGAUCUAGUGUUGUAGCCGUUAUUUUGCCAAAAUCUUCCAUAUUCCACAUUCCUCUGUCAACUCAUGGUCCGAUUCUUUAAAAGGUAAAAAGUUAUUGUUUCAAGUUAUUUUUGGAGUAGCUAGGGAGAAAAGAUGUAAAGAUAGCAUAGAAAUUUCUUAGAACUCAAAAUAUGGAAGAACUUAACCAACUCAAAUAAACUAGUAACUAAUACUUUCAUCUGAAAUUUACAUCCUUAACAAGAUAUAUGCUGAUUUUUCUUUGAGAUUGGAAAGAAAGUUUACCGCUUCACUGCUAUAUUAGUGUCACUUUUACUUUGUUUUUGAAUAAAAUAAUACAUGUGAUGUGAAUGUAGAAUAAUUCUACUUACUUCAUGCCCAUUGGCACUAUAAUUGCAGUUACACUUCCCUUGCAUUUAUUAAAUCUUUGUUCACAUCUCUCAUGUGAUUUGCAUUGUGUUUCUUUAUGGAUUGCUGUAUGGCCAACUAAUUCUUCAUAUACAUGCAUGUGCUUUGGUUCCUUUUGCCUUUUUUUUUUUUUUUUUUUUUAAGUUCUGCCUAUAUUAGUGUUUAAAGCUAGUAAUUUCUCCCAUUGAAUACAAUUUAAAUUUUUAUGCAGGGGCAACCCCCUGAUUGCAUACUAAAGGAUGCAAAAAACACCAGCAAGCUAAGUUAUUCAAGUUUGCUUGGGAGCAUUAAUCCUAUGAGCAGAUCUAGAGUUUAUCAAGCUUUGGCAGAAGAAGAUAUUGAAGCUGAUGCCAAGGGCAAUGAUGUUGAUCUCAGUCUGAUAUUGAUCAAUGUGAAGCAUAUUACGAAGCUGCUAGGGGAACAAGGAAGAGAAGAAUAUAUGGUCUUGGAUCUCAAGCACAAAGUUAUCUGCUUUUUGUUGGAAAGAACAAAAUUAUGCACUAACAAUACUUGAUGGAUGUGUGGGUUCUUUUGGUAGUUGACAACUUGGUGUUGUCGGUGUUUUGGACUUAACGAUUAGGAUUUCGCUAUCUAUUUUGAAUCUUUUUUAUAAAUAUUAUUUUAU